AUCUAUCCAUCCGGUGGUUAGCAGUUAGUCAUCAAAGCGUCUUGGUGCAACGACGUGGGCGCCGACGAGUUCUCAAAGGGCUUUAAAAAGCAGGUAGCUGACACAAUUUUGGGCAGCUUUCAAAGCCCUCUUGCUUCGUCUGCGGCCAUUGCGCAUGCGCGUUCCUCAACUCCUUAAAUACCCCAAGUCAUCUGUGGCCGCAGCAAAAACAUUCCGCCGUCCGCCGAUUCGACACGAUCAGGCGUGCAGGACGAAAGGCGGCCCUUGACAUAGUUCGAAAAAAACGGUGUUUAUUUCUCACUAAGUCCUAUCCUGACACGGAGUCGUAAAAGGGUGAAAACUCCGAGAGACAGAGAGAGGGGAAGCGGACAGGGAGGAAAACAAAGAUGGCUGUGUGAGCCCGAGAGACGAGCCAACAACAACAACAACAAGCGUCCGCGGACGGGGAAAGACAUUUUGGGCCGCCGGAGCGGACACGCCGGACCUUGGGGUAGCCGAACCGAGCCGUUUGAUGGGAGAGAGCUCCCCCCGCCCUCCUUGAAAACAGCUGAGUUGUUUUUGUUCUGGCUGCCAACCCCCCACUACCGGAGCGCCGUGCUCCGGGCUCGGUGUCAACUAACUAGCCGCACCGUAAGUCCUCCCCAGUGGGUGACAUUUUGUCUUCACCUCGGUUGUGGCUUGCAUAAGACUUUUGAAAAUUACCCCUAAACAUAACAAGUGCGUUAGCAUUACACCGUAGUGUGAGGCCGCGUGUUAGCAGCCGACUAGCGAGCUAGCUGUCAAUUAGCUUCGAAGCUAACCCACCACUUAAAAUAGAAGCAAAGUCAUCUGUGGUGGAGGUGGGGAAGUACGUAGCAAGUUCUAGAACAAUUCGAAUGUCUGCCAUGGAAGACGAUGACUUGAUGUCCGCGCCCGGUGGCUCGUCGGCAGCAGUGGUGGCGGGGGCGGCCGAUGUAGCUGUGGCCGGGGCAGGGGCCGGGCUCGUCGGGCAGGAGGAGGUCGGCAUUCGGCCCGAGGCGGACUCGGACGAGCCGCCCAAGAAGAAGACCAAAGUGCCCGAGGCGGAGUCCGGCAAACUGGAGGAGAGACUGUACUCUGUGCUGUGCUGCACCGUGUGCCUAGACUUGCCCAAGGCGUCUGUGUAUCAGUGUACCAACGGUCACUUGAUGUGCGCGGGCUGCUUCAUUCACCUGCUGGCUGACUCUCGCCUCAAGGAGGAGCAGGCCACGUGUCCCAACUGCAGGUGCGAGAUCAGCAAGAACCUUUGCUGCAGGAACCUGGCGGUGGAGAAGGCGGUCAGCGAGCUGCCCACAGAGUGCACAUUCUGCCUUAAACAGUUUCCACGGUCCAGCCUGGAGAGACACCAGAAGGACGAGUGCCAGGAUAGGGUGACGGUGUGCAAAUACAAGCGCAUCGGGUGCCCUUGGCAGGGGCCCUUCCACGAGAUGCCGGCCCACGAGGGCGAGUGCUCGCAUCCCACCAAGACGGGCGCGGAGCUGAUGGGCAUCCUGGGCGAGAUGGACCAGAGCCACCGCAGGGACAUGCAGCUCUACAACAGCAUCUUCAGCCUCCUCUGCUACGAGAAGAUCGGCUUCACCGAGGUGCAGUUCAGGCCGUACCGCACGGACGACUUCAUCACGCGCUUGUACUACGAGACGCCGCGCUUCACCGUGCUCAACCAGACGUGGGUGCUGAAGGCGCGAGUCAACGACUCGGAGCGCAACCCCAACUUGUCGUGCAAGCGCACGCUCUCCUUCCAGCUCAUCCUCAAGAGCAAGGUGAACUCAGCGCUGGAGUGCUCCUUCCUGCUGCUGAAGGGCCCGUACGACGACGUGCGCAUCAAGCCGGUCAUCCAUCACUACGCUUUCAGCAAUGACGACAGCGAGACCGACUACGUGCUGCUGCCCAUCUGCGACUCUGUUGAGUGCAACAAACUGCUCGCCGCCAAAAACAUCAACCUGCGCCUCUUCAUAUUCCAGGUCCAAAAGUAACGACACAGACGACAACCACCGCGAUGAGGAGCGACAGACAGACAGACGCCACUCAACCACUGAUACCUCUUAAUACUCACGCACGCCCAAAACACACACACACACACAUACACACUACUAAUCCAUUUACCUCCUACAACACAAGUGAGGAGACCCCCUCUGGAAACUCAAUUGAAUUGGGGGGGAGGGGCGUUCGUGGUCCUGAGGUGGUCAGUGUGUAGCACUUGGACACCCCGCACACCCAAGAGCCAAAAGUAGCACACAUGCGCACUACAGCAAACAUGCGCGCCCGUGCGCGCGCAUGUGUGUGUGUGUGUGCGCACGCGUGUUGUCUAAAUGUGAAAACGAGUGUUGACUCGACUGAGCUGUGACGUGUGAUUGGGUGUGUGCGUGCGUGACUGCCUAUUUUAUUUAUAUUUAACCACACCGUUUAACACUUUAAAAAGAAGAAUGUUUUCAUUGCUUUUGAGGCCUCCCAUAUUUUGUGUGUGACAAUAACUUUUCAAGUUUCUCCAGAUAAACAAAUCGUUUUUCUCGCCACAAGUUAAAUCAUUGAAAUACUCUGGGGAGAAAAAAAAGGACCCUACUUUUUUUCCUUAUUUUUUUUGCCAAAUUAAUCAAGUUUGCAAAAUGUCUUUAGGUUAGACAUUUUAAACUCGAUUCUGCUCAAAAUAGUGGCAUGCCAGCAUCUUUUCAAAAGCAUUGAUGACAUUUUGGAGGGUAAAGAACCAAGUGUCACCAAGAAAACAUCCUGACCUGUAUUCAAGAAUUCUGCAACAACCGCCAAAAGCUUUCCUAUCUGUCAAAUUUUCCUCUUGCCACUACCAAAUUUAUCCAUCUAUCCAUUAUUGAAGCCGGUUGAGAUGCUUCUAAAAAUAGCUUAACACGUUUGUUUGUUUUAUUGGUGAGUCAUGCAUGGAAAUAAAAGGCAGCUUUCUCACCUUUGUUCCAAAACGGAUCCUUUUUUUCUUGCCACCAGUUUCAAAUGUUAAAAAAAUAUAUUUUGUUCAUCUGGUACAUUAUUAAGGGUCACUAGUACCAUGAAAAAAAACAUCAAAAUGGUUAAAAAAAAUGUUCUGACGGUCAAUUCAAAAAUAGUUGUUCUUAAAAACAUGUUUAAAAUUUUGUUUGCAUUUUUCUCGGUAGAAGUAUUUCAAUCUGUUAGCAAGUUAUUUGGCUCUCUUCCUGUUGGAUAUUUUUAUUCACCCGUUUUCUCACAAGUAAUUUCAUGUUUGAAUUUUGCUUAAUAAUGGUGGCAUGUUGAAAAGGAUUUUGUGCAUCUGCUACAUGUUUUUUCCACUGUAAAGUUUGUUUAUUAAAAAAAAAGUUUUAAAAAAUGUAUGUUUUAACAACCCGAGUGUGUGUGCAUGUGUUUGUGUGUGACUGAAGGGAUGUUGCGGGGGUCCUCCACCAAAAAGCCCUUACCCCACUGAGCAGCGAGAACAAUUGCGAGUGUUUUUGAAGGUGGCGAAUGUUGCGUUCACGUCAGCGUUCAUUUCAAUGUUGCAAUUGUUCGCCAGAGACAUUUCCAACCUUGAAGAAAGAAACUGACGUCAAUGUUCAUUUGUCUUCCUCGCCAACACUAGGAAAUGUUCCCCCCUCAGUUGGAUAGGGGCUAAAAGUACGGUACAUUGGACUUUCAUGAAGGAGCAGAUGUUACGUGAAUAGAAUCUACUGUAAAGCAGAUAGAAGAUGUCUCCUGACCUCUGCUGUAUUUUUUUGGGGAGGGGGUGUUUUCAUAAAGACAAAAAAAAGGCUGUGGACUUGCUCAUCUCACUCUGGCUGUACAUGUGCCUUUUAUUAUUAUGAUUAAUAUUAAAGCUCAUCAACCUG